GAUAUACAUGUUUAGAUAUUAUUUGGAAUUUAAAGUUGAUUAAUAAGAUCCAAUAUAUUUUACAAGUAUGAUUUUAAAAUAUGAAAAAGUUCGAUAAAAAGCAGGAAACAUUGCAAACUAGUUAUCUAAUAGAAAACUCUUGUAUAAGGAAAAAGAAAUAGCAAAAUAAAUAAAGCUUAAAAUUUAAAUUAAUAAAUAAAAGACGCAAUCUUUAAGCCAUUAAGAUUAUCAAUAAACUACAAAUACUUUAGAUGACAUUUUGGAAAAUUAUAUUUUUAAAUAUAUGGAUAAAUUUAAUGAUAAAUUGGAAACUUGGGGAGAUUAAAUAAAUGAAAAAUUAGAUCAAAUAAUUGAUAAUAUCACAAUUAAUGCAUCAUAUGAAAGAGAUGAAAAUGGGUAUUAUUUUCCUGAAUCUUGUAUGGAUGAAAUCACGAUAUCAAAUAAAUCAAAUGAUAGAUAAGAUUAGUAAUAAAAUUCAAAAGAAAAAUAAGAAUAGCAACAAGAUUUAAUUAAUACAAAUUCAUAGAUAAAAAAUUUAUGUAAUUAUUAUCUUAAUAAGGUAGUGGAAUUUGAAAACGACUAUAAUUUGCCUUAAUAAUAAAAGAAGCAAGAGAUUAAUUUACUAGAUUGA